AUGGGCUGGGCACCUGUUGGGUGUGCUGCCCCGCAAAGGCGGGCAAGACAGUCUUGGCCGCCCCCCGAAUUAGGGUGGGCUGGUCAAGCUGUCGUGCAACACUGCUCCCUUUGCGGGGACUACAGUGUCACGUGCUUGGCCUCGGGACACAUCCAGGCCAAGUGCAGCAGCCGGAUUGAUAGAUCCGACUGCUGCUACCGGUGUGGGGGCAUUGGCCACUUGGCCAAUGCCUGUACGGAGAAGGCGGGCUGCCUGGUCUGCAAAAACGCAGGCAAGUCCGCCGAACACCGAAUCGGCGCUAAGGGGUGUCUUGCCAAUGAGUCUCAAAGGGCAUCCCCGAGCGCGGGGAGCCGGAAGGAGAGAGAGUUGACAACAACGUUGACCCCACCCCAGACCGCGGCCCCCGAGGUAGAGGCAGAGAUAAAACCUCCUCUCCCACAAAGGGAGAAGAGAAACGAAGGUGAAAACGCAAAUAAUUGCGUCGAAAUGCAGGAGGUGGAGGAGCCUUGA